AUGGCCGGGUUCGAAGCGACGGCACAAGAGCAGCAGGUGAUCAAGGCAGUAUUUGCCAGGGCCGACACACAGGACCUGGGAGUAGUUACCGGCGACGAGGCAGUCAAGGUCUUUGCUGGCUCGGCGCUUCCCCCCGCCACCCUCGGCGAGAUCUGGCAGUUGUCCGACACAGAAAAUAAUGGAUUUCUCACCGAGACCGGACUGGGCAUUGCACUCAGACUCAUAGGCUGGGCACAGGCUGGCGAGGCCCCAAAGAAGGAUCUGAUUGGACGCGGGAAUCCCGAUCCGGGCGUCUCCUCCAACCCAGGCUCUCCUAUGCCCCGUUCGCCCCCUCCGUCACUCCCCGCACGGCCCGUCAUGCCCCCGCUCACCCCCGAAGACAGACAAAAGUUUCUCCGCAUGUUCUUCCAGAGUGGACCUGCCAAUGGCCUGUUGAGUGGCGACAAGGCACGCGACCUAUUCGUCCGAUCCAAACUUCCAACCGAAAAACUCAGCCAAAUUUGGCAUCUCGCAGAUACUCAUGAGCGUGGUGCACUGGACUCUACCGACUUUAUCAUUGGCAUGUUCCUCAUCCAGGCUGUCAUGACCGGCCAACUCCAGAUUCUACCCUCUGGUCUCCCUGCUGGCUUGUACGAACAGGCUAGCGGCGGCGCACCUCGUCCCUCGAUAGGUUCACCCAUUCAGGCCCAGUUUACUGGUACCAGCAACAGCUCUCGAACAGCUCCUGGUUACCCCCAACGUGCUGCCAGUCCCAUUCGCACGCAAUACACUGGCCAAGGCCCGCUCGAGCCUCAGUAUACCGGCACUCAGCCCCGCAUCGCUCCGCAGUACACCGGUCAGUCUCAGUUCAGCCGCCCACCGGCCCCUCCUCCGCCCGUACGUCCCCAAGUCACCGGUCAGCCAUUCGCAAUCCCCCAAGCACCACCGUUUGCCCAGCCCAAAUGGGACGUCACCCAGGAGGAAAAGGCCAAGUCGGACCAAUUCUUUGCUGGACUCGACCCUCAGGGGCGUGGCUUUAUCGAAGGCGAUGUCGCUGUCAACUUUAUGGUCCAGUCCAAGCUUCCCGAGGCGAUUCUUGCCCAAGUUUGGGACUUGUCCGAUCUGAACAAGGACGGUAAAUUAACCCGCGAUGGAUUCGCUGUUGCAAUGCAUCUCAUCAAUGGCAAGCUCGCUGGGCGCGACAUUCCAAACGAACUCCCGCCCUCGCUCAUUCCGCCAAGCUUCAGGGGAGCGGCCCCGGCUCCUGCGGCACCCGCGCAGAGCGAGACGCUUCGCGACUUGUGGUCACUUGACGAGCCCGUGCAAACGCCCACGCCACCCACUUCGGCACCGGUUCCAGCGCCUGCACCCGCACCCGUUCAAACACAAGUACCUCCCAAACCCCAACGUAACCUAUUCGAUGACGACGAAGACGAUGAAGUGCUCUCUCCUACAACCGCAGCAGCAACUGCAACCUCCCCCGCUCCACCCAACGGCACAACCAGUAUCGAAAUCGCCAACGUUCAAAACCAACUCCAAAGCACCCAACGUGCGCUCGAUUCUACUACUGCCGCACGACAAGCAGCGAGCGCAUCGGCAGAUGCCAGUACCGCCGAGCUCGCGUCGCUCAAGGAACAGCUUGCGCGCGCGGCUGCUUCGCGAGUGACCGAGGAAACACACCUGAACGAGAUUAGGGCGCGCAAGGCUGCGCAGGAUGCCGAACUCGCGCAAGUCAGGGAGGAGCUGAUUAGGGCCGAGAGCGAAGUUAGCGCGAUCCGACUUGAGCGCGGAGAACUCGAGACAAGUCUGCUACGAGACAAGGAAGAGUUGAGGGGCGUGCAGAAGAAAGUGAGAGAGAUUUCCGAAGAGACGGAGCGCGCCAAGGGCGAAGUGGAAAAGUUCAAGCGCGAGGCGAGGCAGGUCAAAGGUCUCCUGGCGAUCGCAAAGAAACAGCUGGGCACGGCCGAGGGCGAAAAGCAAAAGGUCGAAAAGGAAGGCGAGGACGCGCGAAACGAGACGGAAGAGGCUCGGCAAGAGUUGGAAGAUGUUGAACGCAGAGUCGCGCUCGGCGAAACGGCCGAACCGUCCAUCGUCGCGCCCGUCCCAACCGUCCCAGCUAUCCCGACCGUCCCGACCGUCAACGGGGCUGCUCUUCCCCUCAGCCCGCAGUCCACAGGGUUCGGCGCAGACAGGCUGUCCCCUGCCCAGGUCGAGCUGCCCGCUUCGCGCUCCGUAACGCCCGCCGUGCCCGUACCCCAACGAACAGGGAGCACGAAUCCGUUUGACCGGCUGCGCGGGAUGAGCGCAAGCAGCGGCGCGGGUGCGUUACCGUUUGCCGAUGUCCCGAGCGCCGCUUCUCCGUUUAGCACGACGCCGUUUGGGAGCAACCCUACUUCGCCGACUGUUACCUCGCCAUUCGGCGCACCCGAGGGCAUUUCGUCGCCAUUUGGUAUUCCCCCUGCUGCCGGGGCUGCUGCUGCUGGAACUGGGAGCGGUGCAUCGGCGUUUGAUGCUGUAUUUGGUGACGCGAGCGCGUUUGGUGAAGGGCACAAGAACGACGAUAGUACCUCGAAUAUUGUAGCCGAGACCAAGGCGGAUGCUACUCCCAAGCCGCCUCCCCCCGCACCGAUUGCCGAACCCUCGACGCAUGGACUAGCAGAUGAUGAGGAUCCAUUUGGGAUGGGCGACGACAAGUUCGAGGACGAAGGCGUGAAAGAGGAAACCAACAUCAAGGAAGAUGAGAAACACAAGACCUCCAUCGAACAAGACAAGCCCACGCCCAGAGCGUCCAUCGAAGAACCUAAACAAGCUCCCACCCCCAGACCAGUCGGCGAAAGUAAAGACAAGGAUGAAGACCCGGCGCUCGCAGCGGCCGCAUCCCAGUUCCCCGCGCUUUCCGCCCAAAACUCGCCAAAUAACCAGGAUUUGCCGCCGUUGACCGAGUUGGAGCCGCAGGAUGACGAUUCGGAUAGCGACGAUGAGCCAUUGGAUAAGACGGCCAAGAGAUUGACGCUUAAGCAGGGCGCUGGUGUGGGUGAUACUGGGUCUGCUCCUGCGCCUGCACCUUCAACAUCGGCUUUCAACAAUGUUUUCGGGUUACCGAGUGCUACACCUGCCCCUGCUCCUACCUCUGCUCCUGCACCUGUACCUGCACCCGCCGCUACAGGCGCAAGUGCAUUUGACGAAGCAUUCAAGUCGUUCUCAUCCAAUCAAGAAGAAACAAAGUCCUCGGGGUUCAGCUUCCAAAACUCGUUUGACGACAACUUUGAUUUCGCGAGCGCUACGUCCAAAGACAAGGACACAAACACAAACUCAACUCCCACCGUUCCCGGCGGAUUUUCAUUCGACGACGCGUUUGGAACGAGCAGCGUGACGAGCAACGGAACUGGCAACGGUACGACAAGCAAGGGAGUUUCGUUUGACGAGGCGUUUGGAAUUUCGUCCAAGUCGGACACGGGCUCUGCUAAACCCUCGUUUGACGCGUUUGCUUCCUCGUCUUUUACUGCGCCUGCACCUGCUAGGUCUUCCAUUCCGGCCCCCGAGCCUGUGCCUGUUCCUGCGCCCGUACAUGCGCCUGCAACUGCUUCGACGAUGUCUCGUCCUUCUCCCCCGACAUCUCCUACCUCUGCAAGUGUGCGUUCCGGAUCGGCAAGGGCGUCACCUCCGCGCAGCAGCAAACGCUCCGAAUCCCCCAGGGCCCAAGCAAGGACACAGCUGAGCCCGCCCCCCGAGCCGACUCAACGACACUCGAAGUUUGGGAUUCAUCUGCCGUUUGGAAGGUCCAAGACGACCAAGGACAAGAACAAGGGCAAAAAGGGCAAGGAGCAGAUCCCUGACAUGCCAGCUCCCCCCGCUGCCGUUCCGUCUGGUGCAACCUCGGGCACGCCAGCCGUGGAGGACGACGUCGAGGCCGUCAAGACUCUCUGUGGAAUGGGCUUCACGCGUUCACAGGCGGUCAACGCGCUCGAGACUCAUGGAUACGACGUCCAAAGAGCGCUCAACAGUCUUUUGGGUGGUUCAUAA